AUGAGGGAAGAGCAAUACAAACAUGUUAUAAUUAAACACACUUUUUUCUUUAAUUCCAUUACUCAUCUAACAUGUGCUCUACUGUCCCAGACUCCAAAAACUGUUUGCUCAGAAAUCUGUCCACAAGGUACAAGGAAAGCACAAAUUAAAGGUUUACCUCUGUGCUGCUUUGACUGUAUCCCAUGUGCUGAUGGCUCUAUAUCAAACACAACAGGAGCAACAGAUUGCAUCAACUGUCCUGAAGAGUACUGGUCUAAUGAAAGAAAAGACAGCUGCAUCAUGAAAAUAAUAGAGUUUCUUUCAUAUACUGAGACAAUGGGGAUUGUUCUUAUGGUCCUGUCAUUAUUGGGUGCCUGUUUAACAUUUUCUACUAUGGUGGUGUUCAUACACUUUAGAGACACACCAAUAGUUAAAGCAAAUAAUUCAGAGCUGAGCUUACUUUUACUUCUUUCCCUUAUAUUUUGCUUCCUCUGUCCUCUCACAUUCAUUGGUGAGCUAACAGUCUGGUCCUGCAUGUUGCGUCACACAGCAUUUGGUGUUGCCUUUGCCCUCUGCAUUUCCUGUAUGCUGGGGAAAACUAUAGUUGUGGUAACUGCCUUCAGAGCAACACUACCUGGGAACAAUGUGGCAGGAAAGUUUGGACCACCUCAACAAAGGGCCAUUGUGUGUUCAUGCACUGCAGUUCAAAUAGUUAUUUGCAUUCUUUGGCUAAAUGUCGCACCACCAUUCCCAGAUAAAGUCUUUGAGCAACGCAGUAAAAAAAUUAUUUUGGAAUGUAACACAGGCUCAGAUGCUGCAUUUUAUGCUGUUCUAGGAUACAUUGGCCUUCUUGCCAUAGUUUGCUUGGUCCUGGCCUUUUUAGCCAGAAAGCUACCUGAUAAUUUUAAUGAAGCCAAAUUCAUCACAUUUAGUAUGCUUAUAUUCUGUGCGGUUUGGAUCACCUUUAUUCCAGCUUAUGUCAGCUCUCCUGGAAAGUAUACAGUAGCUGUAGAAAUAUUUGCAAUUUUGUCUUCAGCUUUUGGACUACUGUUAUGCAUUUUUGUACCAAAAUGUUACAUCAUUUUAAUCAAACCAGAGAGAAAUACAAGAAAACAUGUAAUGGGAAAAAAUUCAAAGGUUAAUUAAUUGUAAGUUUUACACAGUGCUGUUCUGAAAUGUAAAAAAUUUAUAUUUAUGUGAAAAUAUGGUACACAGAACCAUGGUAAAUAUACAGUGUUCCUACACAAACAUAUUAUAAACACUAGAAUUUAUGGCAAACUACUUCUAUGAAGCUCAGCUUUCUCUGAUACUAUAUUUGUAAUGUAAAUAUAGUGAAAGGUUCUACAAAUGUAGAGGCUACAAAUCCCAGUCAUCCGUUAUCUAUAUAGUCAUUAAAGUAAUUAAAGUUAAUUAUUUUCUUGUUUUACUUACUUGUCCA